AUGGAAUGCAACCCAGUGACUACUGCUAAAUCCACCAGUGCUGAUUCCUCAUCGCCUUCGCCGGUUGAGAUUGUCGAUGGAAAUUCCUCCCCGCAGAAAAUAGAAAACACACCCGUGACUAUUGCUGAAGCCACCAAUGGUGCGUCCUUAUCCCCGGUUGAAAGGGCUCGCCAAAUCCGAAUCACACCUGGGAAGUAUAGGAAAAUAGAAAACACACCCGUGACUAUUGCUGAAGCCACCAAUGGUGCGUCCUUAUCCCCGGUUGAAAGGGCUCGCCAAAUCCGAAUCACACCUGGGAAGUAUAGG